CCUCCAGUGAAGACCCCUUGCUUGCUGAACUCAUGAAGGAGUCUCCUGGUGUGUCCACAGAAGAUGAGAGCGUCAUGCCCAGCACCAGCCAACAGACAGCCUCAGAGCAGUCUCGGGAAUCUCUGCAGGUCCAGGCAGAGACAAUCAGGGACAUCGCGCAGGCGAAACCGCUCCCGCCGGCCAAGUCGUCCCAUAAAUCCACACCUUCGGUCCCCGAGUCCUCAGGAAAGGAUCUGUUUACCGCCACCACCAAGUCCUCGGAGGCGCAGCCGCAGCGAGGAGGCCUCAGAGACAUCUCAAAGCCGAAACCGCUCUCGCCAGCAACGUCGGCCCCAAAAUCCACACCUUCGGUCCAGAAGUCGACGUCACAGGAGCCGGACCCACCACUGAAACGUUCUACGUCAGACAGGGAGGAGGAGGCCCCCAAAGUGAGGGAGAGAGCAUGCCUGUUGUGCCAGCGAUCAGACACUGACCCGGACAUCUGCGAAGAGGAAACUUUGUGCCCACGAGUUCUGCCUGGUUUUGCCAACCAUUUCCUCAGCACCCCCUGGGUCGUAAGACUCACGGGCUUUCUGCCAAGGAAUAUCCUAGAUGUAGUCUCCCGGGCGGCACAGAAGGGACAGGCUCUGCGCUCUGGUGUUUCAUCCCUCCAGUGCCCCCUCUGCAUUUAUCAGACAUUUAUCAAGGACAUGUUCACGACGGGGAUCCCAAUCCCCUUCAGACCACCAUCAUGGGAGGGCAACAGUGCAUUCGCUGAGCGAGAGAGGCACAGGCAUUGUGAUGCCAGCAAGCGCCUUUUUCCAGGAGGUAGAGAGGAGGCCAAGGAGGAGGGGUAA